CCUCCCGGCCACUGGGGGCAGCAGCGUCCGCAUCCCACUUGUACUGAGGAAUCCCAACGGCAGCUGCUGGCGGCCAGUCUGCACUAUUUACCACAUACACAACUUUAUUUUUAUUUAUUUUUUUAACAUGUCCUCACGGUUCGUGGCGCCCGGAGCCCGGGGCUAGCGGCCACUUUGUCCGCUUGGAUGCGAGAGGAGCCGCGAUCAGUCCGCCAUGAUCUGGGUCCUCCAGAUGCUCCAGGACAGAGAGGAGGAGGACGGGGGGAGGAGGAGGGAGGUGGGCUGCCAGUGGGAGAGUCCAGAGGAGAGGAGGGAGGUGGGCUGCCAGAGCGAGGCAGCGGAGAGGAGAGACGCCGCCGUGCAGGUGGACCUGCUCGGCCCGCCAGGCUCGUCUGGAGUGAUGUGGCCGCUGCUACCCAGCAUGCCUCGCUGUCAGCCGCCCCCACGUUCACCCUCCUGCCUUCAGACGGGUCUGCAGCACCCUGCCCUGUUACCCAGCAUGCCUCUGUGCCAGCACGCCGUUCCCCCGGCGUGUCUCGGCGGGCCGGACGGGAGGCGUGACGUUUCUCCUCCUGCAGAGCCUCCUGAUGGCCUCAUCGCUCCGCUCAGCCCGCGGCUCGCUGAGGAGGAGGAGGAGGAGGAGGAGGAGGAGGACGAGGAGGACGAGGGGCGGGGCCUGUUCCUCAGUGAUCCCUAUCAGCAUCUCCGUGGUAACAAGCAGUCCCGCCUACAGGUGGCGAGCAGGAAGUCCCUGCAGAGUGAAGGCCGCCGGCAGGAGGCGACCAGGCGGAGCUCCAGGACAGGCGGAGAUGAGCGGCGGCGCCGAGCCUGUCACUUCUGUGGGUGGAGCUUCAGCGGCGAGUCACACAUGAUGCACCUGGGAGAGAGAGUGCACGCCUGCCAGGUGUGCAGGGAGAGCUCCGCCCACCUGGUAGGACACACCCGGAAAAGGGAGGAGGAAGAGGAGGAGGAAGGAGGGAACACACAGCUGGACUCACAGGUGACGGAGCAGCCGAGGAAGAGGAGGACGGUCGGUCCGCCAAUCAGAUACCUGCUAGAGUCAGAGGAGCAGCUGUACGCCCCGACGGCGGCCAAUCACAUCAGAGCGAGGGGCUUCCAGGUGAGACGAGGAAGAGCAAGGCUGAGGAGCGGAGAGGACAGGAGAUGUGGCGAGGAGGCGGAGACAGGAGGAGCAGGUGUGGUGGACGGAGGAGCAGCGAGCAGGAGGCAGCAGGGGCACGACAGAGCGCAGGCGGCCGAGGACAGAGCGCAGGUGUCAAGGCGCUGCCAGGUUUGUGGGUCGGAGCUGCAGCGACACCUGGUGGCUCACAGCGGGGGUCGCAGGUUGACCUGUGACCUCUGCAACAGGUUCACCCACGACCGCGGCCUCCGCCUACACCAGCUGCGUUACCACAGCGAGAGAGGCGGUCGUCAUGGCAACACAGCGGCGAGGAACAGAAGCAAAGAGGAGGAGGAUGGAGAGGAGAAGGAGAUGAGGAUUUGGACAGGCGGAGAGAGAGAAGAGGCGGAGGAGAGGAGCGGUGAUGGGCUGCUGGAGCCCGCCAAAGCCCACACUCAGGCCAGAGCCAGGAGGCGGUACCCUGCACACGCCUGGUCCUGGAUCAGCCGCUGGUCGCGCCACGAGAGGACGCGCCACGAGGAGCAGAGGAGGAGGAGGAGGAGGAGGCAGGGAAACGAACAAGAGAGGCGCAGGAGGAGGUGUCAGGACAACGUGGUGAAGGACAUGGAGGGAGUUUGUGUGAUGCAAGAAGAAAGAGAGAUGCAGGAGGAGGAGAAUCACCGGAUGAAAGGUGACAAGGAGGGCAAACUGAGGCCUGGCUGUUUGAAGGAGGUGAGGAAGAGGGGAGGAGGAGGAGGAGGGGACAGAGUAGAGGAGGAGGUGAGUCUGAGGCAGCCGGGACAGAGACCAACGCAACAGGAGGAGGAGACCAAGCUGAUGGAGCAGCCAGGGAGGCCGAGGAGGAAGACGGUCGGUCCACCAAUCAGAUACCUGCUGGAGUCCGAGGAGCCGUCACAUGGCCUCGUAAUAGCCAAUCACGUCAGAGGGGGAGGGGAAAGAGUGGACGAGGGGGUGAGCCUGAGGGAACUGAGACAGAGACCAGAGGAGGAGGAGGAGGAGAAGCUGAAAGAGACAAAACUGAUGGAGCAGCCAUUGAGGCCGAGGAGGACGACAGUCGGUCCACCAAUCAGAUACCUGCUGGAGUCUGAGGAGCCGUCACAUGGCCUCCUGCCAACCAAUCACAUCAGAGGAGGAGGGAAGGAGGUGAGCCCGACCCAGCCAGGACAGAGACCAGCAGAGGAGGAGGAGAAGGAGAGAGAAAAGGAGGAGGAGACAAAACUGUCGAAGCAGCCAGAGAGACCGAGGAGGAGGACGGUGGGUCCACCAGUCAGAUACCUGCUGGAGUCUGAGGAGCCGUCACAUGGCCUCGUGACAGCCAAUCACAUCAGAGGACGACUAGAGGCAAGAAUGGAGGAGGAGGUGAGCCCAACCCAGCCGGGACAGAGACCAGAGGAGGAGGAGACCAAGCUGAUGGAGCAGUCAGAGAGGCCGAGGAGGAAGAUGGUGGCUCCACCAAUCAGAUACCUGCUGCAGUCUGAGGAGCCGUCACAUGGCCUCGUGACAGCCAAUCACGUCAGAGGGGGAGGGGAAAGCAUUGAGGAGGAGGUGAGCCCGACGCAACUGGAACAGAGACCAACGCAACAGGAGGAGGAGACCAAACUGAUGGAGCAGCCAGGGAGGCCGAGGAGGAAGACGGUCGGUCCACCAAUCAGAUACCUGCUGGAGUCUGAGGAGCCGUCACAUGGCCUCGUAAUAGCCAAUCACAUCAGAGGGGGAGGGGAAAGAGUGGACGAGGGGGUGAGCCUGAGGGAACUGAGACGGAGGCCAGAGGAGGAGGAGGAGGAGGAGAAGCUGAAAGAGACAAAACUGAUGGAGCAGCCAUUGAGGCCGAGGAGGACGACAGUCGGUCCACCAAUCAGAUACCUGCUGGAGUCUGAGGAACCGUCACAUGGCCUCCUGCCAGCCAAUCACGUCAGAGGAGGAGGGAAGGAGGUGAGCCCGACCCAGCCAGGACAGAGACCAGCAGAGGAGGAGGAGAGAGAAAAGGAGGAGGAGACAAAACUGUCGAAGCAGCCAGAGAGGCCGAGGAGGAGGACGGUCGGUCCACCAGUCAGAUACCUGCUGGAGUCUGAGGAGCCGUCACAUGGCCUCGUGAUAGCCAAUCACGUCAGAGGGGGAGGGGCAAGAGUGGAUGAGGGGGUGAGCCUGAGGGAACUGAGACAGAGACCAGCAGAGGAGGAGGAGGAGAAAGAUGAGGAGGAGACCAAGCUGUCGGAGCAGCCAUUGAGGCCGAGGAGGAAGACGGUCGGUCCACCGAUCAGAUACCUGCUGGAGUCCGAGGAGCCGUCACAUGGCCUCCUGCCAGCCAAUCACGUCCAAGUGGACGGACACGAGGUGACACGAAAAAGAAAAUGGCCGAAGAAGAAGAGCACAGGACAGACGUCUGUCAUGUACACAGACACAUGGACAGGACAGGAAGUCCUCAUCGUCCCCUGCUCUGUGUGGCUGCAGUGUCUUCACUGCUGACCGGACACACACACACACACACACACACACACACACACACACACACACACACACACACACACACACACACACAGUGCAAAUGUGUCAGAUAUGAACUGGACAGAGAAGUUAAAGAGUGUCAGAGGUCAACAGUUUAAAAAAAAAUUAAAUUAAAAAUUAGCACUUGUGUACGACGGCGUAUUAGAGUAAAAAAAAAAAUCCCAUCAAUUUUUGACUUUUCUCAGAAAUAUACAAAUAUCAGAUCAUAAGUUUUUCUCACAAAUUUGUGACUUUAUAAUCUUUGAUUUUUUUCUGUAAAUUUGAGUUUUGUUUUUUUUACUCAUAAAUUUCUGAGUUUUCUCUUAUAACUUUACCAUUUUAAUCUCAGGGGACAUCCAAGUUUUUUCUUGUAAAUGUACAUAUUUAAUCUUCCAAAUUGUGAGUUUUUUUUUUCAGAAACGAACCCGGCACCAGCGCAUUUUCAGAAACUGGUGAGAUUGGUUUUUUUGGUUUUUGCCAGGGAUUUGAUUCAGGGAGGACGACUGUCCACGGGUUCUCUGCCUCGCUGCUUCACUCCACAGUUUUUCUCUUUCGUCUUUUCUCAGUGUUCCUCACCACUCCUCACCACUCCUCAGCGCUCUUCAGUGUUCCUCAGUGCUCCUCAGUGUUCCUCAGCGUUCCUCAGCGUUUCUCAGUGUUCCUCAGUGUUUCUCAGUGUUCCUCAGCGUUCCUCAGCCUUCCUCAGCGUUCCUCAGUGUUCCUCAGCGUUCCUCAGCGUUUCUCAGUGUUCCUCAGUGUUCAGCCAAACAAAACAAAACUGCCAGGUUACCCUGAACUCUGAGUGAAGACGCUCGUCAGUGAUCCUGUGUUCCGGCGUGCGAGACAUGCCGCCAUGUAAACAUGUAAACAUGUAAACUAUGUAUGUACACUGUGUCCACUUUGUUUUUGUUUUUUAUUAAAUCUUUAUUAAACAAACUUUGGCCAUUACAAAAAUUGUUUACACAAAAAUACAUGAACAAGGCACAGACUGAGUCAACUCUGUUGUUUUAAAUGAACACACAGGAAUAAUAGGAACAAGUAGUGAUAGCAAUGAAGGAGAAGAGGAAGGAAACAAACAGACAUAAAACAAAAACAAAACUAAAGACGUCUAAUUAGAAAUUAGUAUAUGUGUAAUUCCAUAAAUGUCCAGGGUUUGUUUGGCCUACCCAUUCAAAAAAAUUAAAAACAGGGGUUUAACAUUAAUGAAUUUACAUCAGUGAAUAAAAUGUGUCCACUUCAUCAGCUCCACCUGUCCAGUCUAAUCUAAUCUAAUCUAAUCUAAUCUAAUUAUAGUGGCUGUUUUCUUAUUUUAACAGGUUUCCUACAUAUGAUAGGCCACUUAAUCUGUAACUGGUGUUAUGUAAUAAGCUUGACUCAGGUUCCACAGUGUCUGUUUUCUUGUGACACCCGGUGUGCUCGCAAGUCCAUACGAGGUCUGCAGGCGGCAGGGAAGCGUUCCACUAAAUGACUUUUAAUCCACACAAGCCUGAUCCGACGUCGACAUGGUGAACAUGAUCCAAGACAACAAAAAACAUUUUCCACCGGCAAAAUGAACUUAAAUACGACCUUACUGCGUCGGACUAUAAAAACUGUUGAAGACGACGACGGUCAAGAACUCAUUUCACGCUGCACCAGAUGCAGAUAGAAAUAGAAAACAGAAAUAGAAAAUAGAAAUAGAAAAAUGCUUUGUCUACCUUUUGCGUGCAGAAGGCAGAAAUUUGUCUUUAACUUGCGUUCAUUAAAAACACAUUUACAUCAAACAUGCUAAGUACAUCAUAACAUCACAAGACACAUUAGAACGCUGACAUAAAUCACAAUAGAAGCGACAUUAAAUAGCACCAAGAGCUCAAUGGUAAGGACUGAAUUCAUAUCAGUAUAAAGCGCAUUGUGCUGAGGUGGGACUUAAAUAAGAUGUUAUAUAUUGAGGUAGCAGGCUGGCUUCAAAGAAAUAUAAUACUCAGGAACAAUUAAGUGACCCCUUGCUCAAGGUUAAGAAACACUGGAUGGGGGACAUGGCAGUGAACAUAUCUCCUGCAGACUGGAAAUCUUGUUUGAGUAAUGUUUACAUGAUAUACAAAGAAAUGGGUAAUAGAUUUAUUCAACUGAAAAUAAUACACAGAUGGCACAACAACGACAUAAAUGGAACCGAUUACCAGUUGAUUCCUGUUGGAGAUGUGACGGGAAUGGUGCUUCUAUACGACAUAUACUUUGGACAUGCCCAACACUCAAGGACUGGUGGAAUAAUAUUCAAGAGAUUAUCUUUGAGGUCUUAAACAAAAAAUUCAAAAUCACUGCAACACUAUCUGUGCUGGGCUCAACCACUGAGCUCGAGGACUCUGACUUUUCUUUCCCUGAAAAAAGACAGAUUAUAUCGGCAUUUACAACAGCCAAACAGAUUCUCUUGAGACUUUGGGAAAAGAAACACCCGCCCCAUUAUGAAGAAUGGUCCACAACAAUGGCACAGCUGGCAGCUUAUGAGAAAGUGACAUAUUCUCUACUAAAUAAGCUGACCAGUAUACCUCUACAUGGGGUCCUUUGGCCAACUGGUUAUCUGCAACAUAAGUCAACUUGGUAACCCAAUAUAAAUAGAUUGUUAUGCCUGCCCUUGGAAAUGUUGUGGUGGUCUAUAUGUGUUUCUGUGUUUCUUUUCUAUUAUUUAUUUAUUUUUUGUUGUUGUUGUGGUUGGUUUAUUCAGUUAUCUUGUAAUUCCUUUAUUUGUGACGUAGUAGAUAUUUACAUUUGUUUAAUUAAGUAAAUCA